GGUCAUUGAGGCGCAGGCGCAGUGCGGUGUUUGUCUGCCCCGGACUGACGGGCGGCCUGGCGGCGAGCGGCGGCAGCGGCGGCGGGGAAGAUGGCGGCGUCCUCCCUGGAGCAAAAGCUGUCCCGCCUGGAAGCCAAGCUGAAGCAGGAGAACCGCGAGGCCCGGAGGAGGAUCGACCUCAACCUGGAUAUCAGCCCCCAGCGGCCCAGGCCCAUUAUUGUGAUCACUCUAAGCCCUGCUCCUGCCCCGUCCCAGCGAGCAGCCCUGCAGCUCCCACUGGCCAACGAUGGGGGCAGCCGCUCACCAUCCUCGGAGAGCUCCCCACAGCACCCUACACCCCCCACCCGGCCCCGCCACAUGCUGGGGCUCCCAUCAACCUUGUUCACACCCCGCAGUAUGGAGAGCAUCGAGAUUGACCAGAAGCUGCAGGAGAUCAUGAAGCAGACAGGGUACCUGACCAUCGGGGGCCAGCGAUAUCAGGCAGAAAUCAAUGACUUGGAGAACCUGGGAGAGAUGGGCAGCGGUACCUGUGGUCAGGUGUGGAAGAUGCGCUUCCGGAAGACAGGCCACAUCAUUGCUGUCAAGCAAAUGCGGCGCUCGGGGAACAAGGAGGAGAAUAAGCGCAUCCUGAUGGACCUGGACGUGGUGCUCAAGAGCCACGACUGCCCCUACAUUGUUCAGUGCUUUGGCACCUUCAUCACCAAUACAGACGUCUUCAUUGCCAUGGAGCUCAUGGGCACGUGUGCAGAGAAGCUGAAGAAACGGAUGCAGGGCCCCAUUCCGGAGCGGAUCUUGGGCAAGAUGACUGUGGCGAUUGUGAAAGCGCUGUACUAUCUAAAGGAGAAGCAUGGUGUCAUCCAUCGUGAUGUCAAACCCUCCAACAUCCUGCUCGACGAGCGGGGGCAGAUCAAGCUCUGUGACUUUGGCAUCAGUGGCCGUCUUGUUGACUCUAAGGCCAAAACACGGAGUGCUGGCUGUGCUGCCUACAUGGCUCCUGAGCGCAUUGACCCUCCAGACCCCACCAAGCCUGACUACGACAUCCGAGCCGAUGUGUGGAGCCUGGGCAUAUCAUUGGUGGAGCUGGCAACGGGACAGUUUCCCUACAAGAACUGCAAGACGGACUUUGAGGUCCUCACCAAAGUCCUGCAGGAAGAGCCCCCACUCCUGCCUGGUCACAUGGGCUUCUCAGGGGACUUCCAGUCAUUCGUCAAAGACUGCCUUACUAAAGAUCACAGGAAGAGACCAAAGUAUAAUAAGCUACUUGAACACAGCUUCAUCAAGCACUAUGAGACACUCGAGGUGGAUGUGGCGUCCUGGUUCAAGGAUGUCAUGGCAAAGACCGAGUCUCCAAGGACUAGUGGAGUCCUGAGCCAACACCACCUGCCCUUCUUCAGGUAGCCUCAUGGCAGCGGCCAGCCCCACAGGGGCCCAGGGGCAUGGCCACAGGCCCCCCUUUCCCACCUGGCCAAUCCAGCUGCCCAUCAGGGGACCUGGGACCUGGACAGCUGCCAAGGGCUGAGGACAGAAAGUAGGGGGUACCCAUCCACCUCUGGCUCCCUACCUACCAGCUGUGGACAGACGGGCAUGCUGGUCCCUAAUUUUUCCCACUCUGGGGUCAGCCAGCUACGCGAACCCCACCCCACCCCGACAGACACUGUGAACGGAAGACAGCAGGCCAUGAGCAGACUCGCUAUUUAUUCAAUCAUAACCUCUGUGCUGGGGUGGCCCCUAGGGCAGAGAGAAAGCUCCUGUCCCUUUCCCCCAAACUCCCAGUUGUCUGUCCCUCUACCUUCUCUCACACAUGCUUGCUCUUCUCCAUCUCUCCCUCCCUUCCCUCCCUCUCUACCUCUGUCCCUUUCUGGUUUCCUGUCUCCCUCCCAGCCUCUGCCUCUCUCCUAGCCUAAGCCUGGGCCCAGCCACUCCUACCCCUCAGUGGAAGCCCCAGGUCCACCCAGGCCUCCUCAAGUCCUUGUCCCAGGAUAGCUUUGUGGGCAUUGUGACUGCGGCCAAAUGGGUUGCUGUCUCCGUGUCUGUCUGUCUGUCUCUCUUUGAUCUCAGGGGGUCCUUUUUGGAGUUUAUUGUAUUUUAUUGUACUUGGUGGGGGGGGGGGGUUGUCCUCAUAGGGUGUGUUGGUACCUUCAGAAACUUUUACCAAAGUAAUGUUCAGCUGCUGGUGGUGGGCCCCCUCCUCUCCAUUGCCCUCAGGCAUUUGGGGGGUUGGACUGCUUGCUGCUCUUUGUCAGUUCUGGCCUAGAGAGACCAGGCUCAAUUAGGGAAUCCUCAUGUGGGACUGGGGACUGGUUACAGCUUGGGGUUGAGUAGAAGAGCUCAGGUGGUACAGAGGGAGACCAGGGGCCUCAGCCACACAGACGGCCUUUAGGAAAAGUGUGUGAGGGGUGCGGUGGAGAAGAGCAGGUAGCAGGGAGGGAACUGGAGGGAGUCAGCGACAGGAGUGAGGCCGAGGGGCAAAGAGGGGUUCCAAAGAAGGCAGGGAUUGAGAGUUAAGGGAGUAGAUGUGGAGGUCUGAGCAUGUGUGUCAGGGACAAGAUGGACAGGCUUGAGUGCAAGGGAGGUCAGGGUAUUGGUAUGUGAAGUGACUUACUCCCAUUGUGCCCCUGAGCGUCCCUUAGCUCACCUAGAGCUGGCUAGCUCCAACCCAGCUUGUGGCCUGGACUGGGCCAGGUGUCUGUCCCAUUGUCCUGCAAUGGCCAGGACAGGGUGGGGUAUGUUUCCUUUUUGUUGGUGAUGCAUGCAAAUCAAGUGGUCAAGAGAACAAUAUAACAGAACAAAACAAAAAAUACUUUAAAACCACAAACAAAACCCAGCACCAAAGCUGAGAAACCUUGCUGGAUGUAGCUGAUGCAACUGUAGGCUUAGGCGACACUGUGGCUCUUAACUAUCCUAUUGACUUCAUUCAUCAUCAUAUUACACAAUGCCGCAUGUUUCGAUCGCAAUAGAAGUCGAAGUCAUCUUCUCUGCCUGGGGCAGGGCACCCUCUCUCCUUACCCCUCAUGUUGGGGAGGUAGAGUGAAGUAGGGGUAGAAUAACAAGCCUGCCCCCCCCCCCCACCUUACCAUUCUGAGGCUAGCCACCAGCAUGGGCAGCCUUCAUGGGUAGUUAGGUCUCUUGGCUGGUCCCCGGGCCAGCACAGGCCCAAGACUGGGCCGCAUGGUUUUAUUUUUAUUUAACUUUAUUUUCUGUGUGUGUCUCUGUCUGUCUGUCUGUCUGUCUGUGUCCAACCCCCUCCAGUGUUAAGUGGGAGCCUGGGGGAGUCUCUCACUUCCCCACGUCUCCCAAGUCCUUCCCUUUGUCACCAGCCAUCCCUCUGGCCCAGGCAGAGUGGGUGUCGGGCAGGUAGGGACCUGGAGUGGCCUGGUCCUACCCUCUGGCCUGUGGACUCCUCCUCAGGCCGCCAGUGUUGCCCCCUCCCUUUUUAAAACAAAAUACCCUUGUUUGUAAGUCCUUAGAUGCUUGAGAAUAAAACCCUUCCUUUUCUUCUGA